AUGUAUUCUGCCAGAGUAACUGCGCUGGCAGCAGCGGCACUGCUGGCGUUCCUCGUGGUGGCGCCAGCUGUGGCCUCCGCACAGAACUCCCUCGACUGCCAGAAGGUGUGGAGUGGCCCCAGCGUCAACAACGACGUUCUCAAGUGUCUGCGCAGCGAAGACCGCAUUAAGGGCCAGUGGCGCUACUUGGUUUACCCGGGGUUUUGUGCACUGUUCUUCGUUGUAUUCCUUGUGAGCUUUCCGAUCGUUAUUAUCAGUGUUGUCUGCUGCUCUAAGGCCCAACCAGGGAAGAAUGCUGGCACUUCUCGCUGCUGCCUCUGGAUGUGGGUUGUUUACGUUUUGCUCUGGGGCGCUGGUAUGGCUUUUCUUGUGAUAUUCGGCGCGAAGCUGCUGGAGACGUCUGUCCCCAAUAUUAUUGACAGCACGCUGGGCGGCCCGCUGCAUUACUUCAAUAACACGGGUGAGAAGAUCAUUGAUUUCACUUCCAACUGGUCCUCUGGGAAACGUGAGUCCAUAGAUUUCAUUAACCUGGACCUUUCUGCCUUCACCAACGUUAGCACCAAAGUGAACGAUUUUCUUACAGAUGCCAGGCAUGCGCUUUCAACGUACAUUGCAUGGGUACCGAUUGUAUCGUACUAUAUCGGCGGUGUGUGUGUUGGGCUCAUGCUCCUUGUGGUUGCAUCGGCCUGUUUCCGGUGCUGCGUUCCACAUAUGGCAUAUUGCCUCUCUUGUGUCUACUGGAUUGUAGGGGUAGUGUGCACACUGCUCGCGGUUGUUGGGACGGUGCUGGCGAGUCUUGCCACGAUUGCCUGUGGCGAGGUGCAGCUGCAGUACUACCGGCAGCCGGGCGUGUUCCAGUGGUAUCUCGUGCCGUACUGUGAGGAAAAGUUCAAGUUUGCCGAAAUCAACCAGGAAGUGAAUGACGUCGAAAAGACGCGCUCCAAUGAGGCCUGCAAGACGUUGCUCAAGUCGUGCGAUAACGACCCCCUCAUCUAUCCUGCCUCUGUUAGUCCCAUUAGACCCUUGCUCUGUGGCAAUGGCAUCGCUUCGGCGGAUGAAUGUCCCGACUUUGAGUCUAUGGCCAGCGUGAUUCAUGCCACCCGGAUUAAGGCUGUCACAAGGAUAUGUCCCGUGGCGGAUCAGUCGUGCACACUGCUCGAGUGCGCUGACAACUGCACUCGAGACGCUGAGAAAAAGCUGGCGGCAGAAAUCUUGCGCGCCGCGGCACAGGCAAACAACGCGAGCAUUGCGUUGUCGUAUGUUAGGCCUUUGCUUGACUGUAAUUUUGUGCUCGACAAGCUUCUGGGUGCCAUGGAUGGCUGCAACGAUCUAAAGACGGGGACCAUGAUGCUUGGCACAGGCUUCUUUGUUGGGGGGCUGAUGUUCGGCUUGGCCAUCUACAUCAUGCUCCGCGGCUCCCGCAUUUGGGACCACACGUCUGUAAUGACUGUGAGGCUUAUGAGGUAA